AAUUGUUCAUGUUUAUUUAGUUGAAAGCAAGCAAAAAGGGAGAAGAAUGGCGAAGAGUGAGGAUGAUAUAAAGUACGGGACUGCACAGGCAAAGGUUUCUGAGGAUGAAUCUCUAAGGGUGAGAUACAAGCAUGGCACUCCACUUGAAGGAGGAAAGAUUGCAGAUUCUGAGACUUUUGAUCUCUUUUCAAGUGCUAAUAAUAUUUCCAGUCCUACCUCCAAAUCCAAUCCCAACACCACUCAAUCUCAGUCUCAGAAUAACACGGGAGGAAAUGCCACCACCGGUUUAGAUUUCAGAAUCUCUCUUAUACUUUGUUUUGCUUUUAUGUUCUUGGAGAAAGUAGUUUUUCAAAGCAAGAUGCUGUGAUUAUCUUGGAUAUGUACCAAAUUAAGCAUAAAUAAUAAGAAUAUAUCUGUAGUUUUGCAUAAAGACAAAACUUAAAUAUAUGUCACAUAUUUAUGGUCUAA